AUGGGACGUGAAGCUUGGCUUCCGGUAUUGUGCGACGGAAGUGACGAAAGCGCGGCGCGCCGCAGCGUGCGGGUCGAGGUCGCUAUGUACAAUGUCCUGUGUUCACGGGCUGUGGGAGUGGUCCGGGCUCUGCGGCUCGCGGGCUGGGCUUCGCGAAGCCUGCAUCCGCCGCCCGGUGGCCGAUCUCCAGCCCAGCCUGCAGACAGGGCAGAGGAGGAGGAAGACCCCAACCUCCCGACGCAGUUUUCCUCCAGCAAAGCCGUCCCAGUCCGCUGGACGGUGGAGCAUUCCCUGGGGAAACAGCAGCAGCGGCCUUGGUGGAAAGUGCUGCCGUUCACCCUGGCGCUUGUGGUUAUGAUCAUGUGGUGCUAUCUGAGGGAGGAGGGCAGCAUGGACCAGUGGUUGAGGCAGGUGUUGGGAGAGGAGGACGAGGAGGAGCCGGAUGGUCAUCUAGAGGAGCCUGAAGCUCCGGCUCGCUACGGGGCUAAAACGUGACAGGGCGCCUGCUGAGGAGGGAAAUAAGCAGCGUCCUUCUGUUUCGUUGUCGAAUUUGGGGAUUUCUGACUUGGUUCUGCGCGUCCCUUCGAUGCUUAGAGGACUUGGAUGGCGCCGAGACGCGAGAACACAGCACAAAAUUGGAGGCUCGAAAUCUGAUCUUUGCCGGACACCAAUGCCCAGUGAUUACGUCCAAAGACCUCUCGAGGUUCAUAGAACAGGUUGUGGGUGCACCGUGUGCGGUUGAAUUUGUCAUUGUUUGUACAGCCUAAUUAUGUUUCCAGAGUUGUUCUGGUGGA